GAGGCAGAAGCCCUGUGGAUGCCUCCAGGGCCUGCCCUGCUUUGAGCCGGGUGCCCAGUUCCUCCUCCUCUCGGAGGCCAGGCCACAGGCCCCAUGGCCCCAGCCUGGCCGGGUGAGAGGCCGCUGAGGAUCUGCUGUGGGUCAGGGGGGUCCUGAGAGGCCCCAGGGGCCCACUGGGGUCCUGUGGAGGGAGGGCUGGGCAGGGUGUUCUGGGCAGGAAGCGGAAGUGCCGAUGAACAGCAGCUGCCGUCGAGAGCGCGAGCUCUCAUUUUGCACUCGACACAGCCGGAGCUGGAGGUGGGAACCCAGCGCUGAGAGGCGACGGACUGAUGACCCCCCAGAGGGACUCUCACCUGCUCUGCUCCGGAGCCUGGAACACGCGUGCCAUCUCAACUUGCUUGCGUCCCUGGAGCCAGGCAGGCAGACUUGCAUCUCCGGAGCCAGGCAGGCAGCCCGGGAUCUGCCCUGUGCCCUAGGGCUCUGGACACUGCUGGCCCUGCCCGGGGCCCUGGGUUCGAACAACAGUGACAAUGGCUCCAACUCCUCGGUCACUGUUGUCCUGCUGCUGCUGCUGCUCCUGCUGCUGGUCACUGGCCUGGCGCUGGCCUGGCGCCGCCUUAGCCGGGACUCGGGGGGCUACUACCACCCGGCCCGCCUGGGAGCUGCGCUCUGGGGCCGCACUCGCCGCCUGCUCUGGGCCAGCCCACCAGGCCGCUGGCUCCGGGCCGAGCUGGGUUCACCAGAUGAGGACCCAGAGCAGCAAGAGGACGAGCCGGACGUGGAAGACGACUAUGAUCUGCUCAGUGGCCAAGAGGAGCGUAGAUCCCAGGAAGAGGAGCGGCGGGGAGAGGGGCCCAGCCCGCCGCAGGCCACUGAGCCGGCCGGGGCAGUGCACGACGAUGACACAGAGGGCGGCCUGGGCCUCAGCUGCCAGGGGCCUGCGGGCUCGGGGGGCAGCGCCGAGGCCCUGCUGAGUGACCUGCACGCCUUCGCUGGGAGCGCGGCCUGGGAUGACAGCUCCCGGGCAGCCGGCGGCCAGGGCCUCCACGUCACCGCGCUGUAGGCACGGGCCCUGCGGCCGCACCCCAGCCACCAUCCCUCUGCUUCUGAGCUGCCGCAGCUGCACAUAGCUGCCCUGGACUCAGGUCACCCCCGCUUGGAGAGCCUUGGACUGUCAUACCCGCCCCAGCCCCCCCAGUAGUUCUGUCCCCAAGUCUGUGCAUCCCCAGCCCCUCCAGCAAGGCCAUCUGUCCCCAGGUGCUCUAAGCAGUCAACGGAAAUAAAAUCCAUCCAGCUCCAUG